GGGCUGGUUGAAGAAGUUACAACACGCGAUGGGGAGAGGGAUAAACGGCAGUACUCGUUGCGCCUGUCAUGUCAUUAUACGGAUAAAAAGACGUUUGUUUGCCUGAAUAACCUCCGAGAAGACCAGUGAUUGAAAUUUGAGCUCCUUCGCCUCGUAAAACGUGAUGAUGCAAUAUGGACGAGCUGCCCUGGAACAGAUAAAAAGUGAAGGAUAGAGGAAGCAAGAGAAGACUGACACCUUUUGACAGAAAGUACUUAUCAGAGGCAUACACAAGACAUCAUGUCCACCUCGAUAAAGCAAGAGAGAAGCAUUUGUGUUCUCCUCCCCAACAAAGACCAGCUGGACAUCACUGUCGGGCCAAAGUCCACAGGGCAGGAUGUUUUUAAUCAUGUGACGGAGCUUCUUGGACUGAAAGAGCUGCACUUCUUUGGCCUCACAGUGGUGAAGGACAAUGAGCACAUAUUUUUAGACAUGGAGGAGAAAGUGACUAAGUACUUUCCUAAGGAAUGGAAGCAAGAUUCAGGAAAGGGACUACAGAAGAGGCCGCUGCCUUCAAUGCUCUGCCUCAAAGUCCAGUACUACAUAGAAAACGGUAGACUAAUUUGUGAACGAAGGGCACGGCAUCUUUACUAUUCUGACUUGCGGGAACGGGUGCUCCGCUCUGAAUGUCGUCAGCAGGAGGAGGUGUACUUCCAGCUGGCAGGUUAUGCCUUGCAGGCUGACCUUGGUGAUCACCCGCUGCCAAGGGAGGAUAUGGAAAUCAUGCCCUACUUUGAACCCAAACAGUACUUUCCCCCUUGGAUUGUAGCUAAGCGUGGAGUAAACUAUCUCCUCUGCCAUGGGCCUAAGGUGCAUCAGGAGCUGUGGGGCAUGUCUUCACGUGACGCCAUCCUGCUCUUCAUCAGGGAGUCGUGUCGACUGGAGGAUGUGCCCGUCACGUUUUACAGACUCCAAAAGGACAAAAAGGAAGAAAGAGGAACGGCAUUGCUUGGUCUGACCCUGCGAGGAAUGCAGGUUUAUCAGGAGGUGAACAACAUGCGCCAGCUGCUGUACGACUUCCCCUGGUCAAAUGUGGGACGUCUCACCUUCCUGGGUAAGAAAUUUGAGAUCCAGCCAGAUGGCUUGCCAUCAGCCAGGAAGCUGGUAUACUACACUGGGUCGUCGUUCCGCUCUCGCCACCUCCUCCUGCACCUGAGCAGCAGCCAUCGCAUCUACCUCAGCCUCCAGCCUGCCCUCAAACACCUACGCCAGCUGGAGGAGAGCGAAGAGAAAAAGCGCUAUAGAGAGUCAUAUAUCAGUGAUGACCUGGACUUGGACCCCCCAGGCAGUGAGAGCAGCCCUGGUCUGUCCCGACACUCCACCAGCAGCUCUGGCAUUGAAGCUGACGCCCGACAACACAGCAUAUCCACAGAGAUGGCCUCAAUGGAGGAGGAAGGUCAACGGCGAGCAGAGAAGUGUUUCAGCUCAGCAGCCAGCCGUGGCAGCUCCUGUACCUCUGGGUGUGAAGCAGGCAGUAAGGCGCGAAUGGAAGAUGAGGGGUGGCAAGAGGAAGAGAUCAAGACCGGUGUUGGAAGUCCAAAGGAGGUUCUCGUGGAUGAUCCUGAUGAAAUGUUUCAGCUGGCUGAUCUUCUUGAAGGAGUGUCAGUUGAUUGUGCAGAGCUCCCUUCAGAGACUCACUCACCAGGUUCACCAGAAAGCAAAGCGUGUCCCCCGGACAGUGAUGAAGAUCUUGAGAAAUUCCGUAACAAGGAUAUGUUAAAACAGAUGCUGAAUUCCAGAGCACAGGUUUGCGUGGAUCGGCACAGCCACAGUUUAGAUGAUGUACGUCUGUUGCCACCUCUGGCACCCCUGGGGACGACACUACCACCCGAUUCCUCCCACAGCUAUACCUUUGGGCUUCCAGAUGCCUCAACAAACACAAAGACCCCAGCUGAUCACAGUCAUUGCCCCCUUUUACCCUGCCAAGCCAAACCUUCCUUUUAUGGCCGCCGGUCUACCAACUGCCUCUCCCUGGACAUGUUAGGUGAUGAACAGUUCCUGGAAUUCAUACUUUGAGCAUGUCAGGUGCUGAUGUCCACAAACUGUCUGUUCUUUCCCUUUAUUUACAGUGCAACUUAACUCUUAGGUUGCCAACACAUGAAUGUCUCGGUGUUUUCUGUGUGGUGAUGAUCACAAUGAGGGAUAAGUAUGCUUCACAUUGCAGAGAGGCAUUAUUGAAAAUGACAGGACCCCUCAUUCCUGUUAGAAAUAUUGUGGAUUAAAUAACAGAAAUCCAAUUCUGCAACAUUUCAAUCAGUGAACAGACCAUAUUUAUUAAUGUUGUACAUUGUGUACAUACUACUUGCACUAUUUUAUUACAUUUCAGCCUCUCUGAGCAAAAACAUUUCUAAUGAAUUUUAUUGUCUUUUGUAAAGUUCACACUGUUAAACAUUUUCUGAAAUGUCUGAAUGUUGAUCAAAUUUGACAGUAACAGAUAUUUUGAAAUUUUAAGGCCAUGUGCCGCAUUCAUAAGAUGGCACUUGCUUUCCUUACCAUUAGCAUGUUUGCUAUUGUUUUAUUCAGGAGAAUCUCUAGAAGCCAUGGUGCUAAUGUUUGUGCUCCUGUAUUCUAUUGUCCUCUUUUUUUUUUUAAUCAUAUUUUAUAGUAUACUCUAUUUUUAUAUAGUGUGCUCUGUCAUGGUUUUUCUGUUAGUCUGCCACAGCAAUGUAGCUGCCUAAGUGGAAAAUUGAACCUCUUUACAGCUGGUAAUUAAUUCAUCCAAAGCUUCCUCAUUCUAUACUGUCCUCCUGCUGUCGUAAUUACAACAGAAAAGUAUUAUUUGUAAAGCACUAUUUCUGUAACCAGCAAGUGUAUAAUGAACCUGCAGUAUUUUUGUAUUAUGUAACCCUCAAACAAAGAGCCUUUCUGUUGGGUUUUUCUCAGAUGUUAUUUUCACUGAUUUGUAAGUGAUAAUUGGUGUGCAAAAGAGCAAAUGUCUUUAGCCAGUAUGGACUCACUUGGAAAGAUUGUCAGUCAUUAAACACAGACAGACUUUCUCUUAAUGCCAAUAAUGCAUGAAAAACUUCACAAUACUGAACAAUUCAUUUUUAUCUAAAGCAAUGUUUUUUAUGAUAGUGAAAAUAAAUUCUUA